GUGAUUUUUGUAUUCAGACUUCGUUUUUAAUUUUAUUAAAAAAAAAUUCAGCAAAAAAAAAAUCGAUUUCAUAUUUUCCUAAUAACACCCAAUAGAUGAAAUCCCAAAAUUUUUUGUCAAUUUUAUUUUUUCGGCGAUCAAAACUUUUUUAUCAAGAAUAACUUCUCUUCAAAAAACUAAAAAUAAAAAAUGACACUCUGUAUAUUAGGUAAAACAUCAACCACAUGUGGAUACAGAGAAUGUUUUUUCUCAGGACCAGAUUACGAAGUAGCCCAGCACAUGAUCAACGACCACGAACAAAAACUAACUAACAAAAAUAAAAAAUUUCAUUGUGUAUACUGUGACUUUUCAACAGUGCGGAAUCAAUACCUACAAUUACACAUCUAUGGCAAGCAUAAAAAACAAAAUGAGAUGGAGAAAAAAGUAGAAAUAAACAUAAAAACUUACUCUUGUAUGUAUUGUGACUUAACAGUAAUAAAUAACAAUCAUUUACAAAGACACCUGUACUAUAAACAUAAAGAACAAUAUGAGUCGGAAAAUAAAGAAAAAUUAAAUGUAGAAACUCGGGCUUGUGACUACUGUGAUUACACAACAGUAGAAAGUCAUAGGCUUAAAAGCCACAUAUAUAGCAAACAUAAAGAACAAAUUAAGAAAUUGCCAAUGAAUAUAAAAACUUACCUUUGUGUGUACUGUGACUACACAGCAAUUGAAAACCAAAGGUUGCAAAACCACAUCUAUAGUAAGCAUAAAAAACAAAAUGAAAUGGAGAAUAAAAUAGAAAUAAACACAAAAACAUUCUCCUGUGUGUACUGUGACUUUAAAACAAAGAGAAAAAGUUAUUUUCAUAGGCACAUUUAUUUGAAACAUAAAGAACAAAAUCAGUUGGAGAAAAAAAUUGAAUUAAACAUAAAAACUUACCCUUGUGUGUACUGUGACUUCACAACAGUUGAAAACCAAAAGUUGCAAAGCCAUAUCUAUAGUAUGCAUAAAAAACAAAAUGAUAUGGAGAAGAAAGUAAAAAUAAAUAUAAAAACUUUCUCUUGUAUGUACUGUGACUUAACACUAAUAAAUAGCAGUCAUUUACAAAGGCACCUUUACUAUAAACAUAAAGAACAAUAUGAGUUGGAAAAUAAAGUAAAAUUAAAUGUAAAAACUGUAGCUUGUGUGUACUGUGACUUUACAACAGUUGAAAACCAAAGGUUGCAAAACCAUAUCUAUAAAAAGCAUAAAAAACAAAAUGAGUUGGAGAAAAAAGUGGCAAUAAAUAUAAAAACUCACUCUUGUAUGUACUGUGACUAUUCAACAAUCGCAAUUCAAAAUUUAAAAGCACACAUUUAUAGAAAACAUAAAGAAGAAAAAGAAAAAAAGUAAACAUAUAAAACUAAAAUUAUCUUGUGCUUAUUGUGACUUCACAACAGAAUACAUUUUAGCAAACAUAAAGAACAAAAGCUUACCUUUGUGUCUACUGUGACUACACAGCACUAACCGAACCUUAAAAGAAUAUAAAAGCAACUUUUUUAAUUUUAUGAAAUUUAUGACACCUUGUACGCAAUGCUUUAUGGCUAAAAUGUUAGGGUAAACUUUAAAAUUACAUUAUUAUUAUAAGUAGCUAGAUAAUAUUCUGUAAAAAUGUAUUCUUUUAAUUUUACAUUGAUUACAAUAUAUAUGCUAUUAAAUGUUGAAGGUUUAAGUAGUAAUUAUUAUUUAAUAUUCCAUUUUAUAACAAAUAUUUUGCUAAAUUUUAAAUAAUAA